AUUUAUGAGGGGGCGGGCGGAGCAGGGCUGCCUUUGUUAACCCGGGGAGGGCGCGGCCGCGGGCGUUCUGAUUGCGGGCUUCUCCGAGAGCUGCCUGCUUGUCACAUUGGGGUCGAAAUGUCCUACAUCCCGGGCCAGCCGGUCACCGCCGUGGUGCAAAGAGUUGAAAUCCAUAAGCUUCGUCAAGGUGAGAACUUAAUCCUGGGCUUCAGCAUCGGAGGUGGGAUUGACCAGGAUCCUUCCCAGAAUCCCUUCUCGGAAGAUAAAACAGACAAGGGCAUUUACGUCACACGGGUAUCUGAGGGAGGCCCUGCUGAAAUUGCUGGGCUGCAGAUCGGAGACAAGAUCAUGCAGGUGAACGGCUGGGACAUGACCAUGGUCACUCAUGACCAAGCUCGGAAGCGGCUCACCAAACGCUCAGAGGAGGUGGUGCGCCUGCUGGUGACGAGGCAGUCUCUGCAGAAAGCUGUGCAGCAGUCCAUGCUGUCUUAGUAGCAGCCAGUCUCCACCUCAUGCCUGCCUGCCUUUUUGUACAGUGACACCACUUCCAUGCUCUGUCUGCCCCUUGUUCUGGCUUCUGCUGUGUGCUGGGCCCCUCUGAGGAGCAGUAGCCGAUCCCUGGGCCUGAGCCAGCCGUCCUUCUCCUCCACCCCGAGUCUGAGGCCAUGGGACCAGCUCUCUCCCUUGGACAUUGAAGAUUGGAAAUACAGGCCUGGAGCUGAGUCAUAGCCAGUCUGCAGUGACCACAGGCUCAGGCCUCAAGGGCUGCCUUGCUGCAGCAGGGGACAUUUUCCCUGAUUUGCUCUUGCUGCAGGGCUUGGCCCUACCCUGUGUCACCUGCUGAGUGCCACUCUCCAUUCUUCCCGUCAUGGUGCCCAGCCUGUGGCUGGACCCACAUGUCAGAGGCACCAGGAAGGCCACCUGGAUGGAUACUGGCAGGUUCCCAUACCUUCACACCCCAGGUGGGUGCUGGCCUCCCUGGGGUUUGCCUGCUUAUCCCAUUUAGACAAGGUUCAAGGCUGACAUUUCAGAGUAGCUCUCAGGAUUGCCAUUUUUCUCUACACCUGGGGUUUUAACUUUUGUAUUUUUUUAGUCACAAGUUUGAUAUGAAGUGUUUAUAUCUUACUAUUUGGAAAAGCCAAUUCUUUUGAAUUUAGCUUACUAAUUCACACCUGGGAGCAGCAAAUUGUAGCAUGUGACCAAGCCAUAUGUUGGUUACCGUGGAAACGGGGCAGUAUGGUGCUGCCCCAUGCUCAACACUUGUGCCCAAUAAAUGACGCUGGAAUUCA